GGGUGAACCAAUCAUCUAACCAUCAAGCCUUUGUGUGAACCAAUCAACUAACCACCAAGCCUUUGGGUGAACCAAUCAACUAACCACCAAGCCUUUGGGUGAACCAAUCAACUAACCACCAAGCCUUUGGGUGAACCAAUCAACUAACCACCAAGCCUUUGGGUGAACCAAUCAACUAGCCAUCAAACCUUUGGGUGAACCAAUCAACUAACCAUCAAGCCUUUGGGUGAACCAAUCAACUAACCAUCAAGCCUUUGGGUGAACCAAUACACUAACCAUCAAGCCUUUGGGUGAGACCAAUCAACUAACCAUCAAGCCUUUGGGUGAACCAAUCAACUAACCAUCAAACCUUUGGGUGAACCAAUCAACUAACCAUCAAGCCUUUGGGUGAACCAAUCAACUAACCAUCAAGCCUUUGGGUGAGACCAAUCAACUAACCAUCAAGCCUUUGGGGUUCCCGAGGAUGAUGUCAGGGUUUUCACUGUCUGCGGUGUGUGUGGCGGUGCUCUUUUCCUUGGGGCGAUGCCAGAACGGAUGCUUGGUCCAGGACGGAACACCAGGAGCGCAAGGAACUCCAGGCCGGGAUGGGCGACAAGGAGCAAAGGGAGAAAAAGGAGAGCCAGCACUGCAGCCGGAUGCGGUGCCCCAUGGACUGAAAGGGAGGAAGGGGAGCCGGGGGAUCCCCGGGGACAUGGGGCCUAAAGGCUUAAGUGGAGACCUGGGACCUGAGGGUCCCUCUGGGCCCCCUGGCCCCCCUGGCCCUGCAGGGAGGGGCGGGGACCAAUCCCAUCAACACCGCGCGGCCUUCUCCGUGUCCCGGACAGACAUCUCCUACCCCCCCUACAAACAAACCCUGACCUAUAACUCCGCCAUCACCAGCAGCAACCUGAUCAGUGUGAACACUGGAAUGUUCACCUGCAGCACACCUGGAGUCUACUACUUCGUCUUCCACUCAGAGGCCAAGGUGGGCAUGUGUCUGUAUCUGAAAAGUGACGCCCUGGGAGAGAGGAUGUUAGGUUUCUGUGACUACAACAACAGAGCCACUACCCAGGUUCUGUCAGGAGGUGUGGUGUUGGACCUAUCACGCGGCAACAAGGUGUGGCUGGAGCCAUUUAAAGACGAGCAGCCGGAGAAUGUGAAGGAAGACAAGAAGGACAAGAAGAUCGUGUUCAACGGCUUCCUGCUCUUCCACACCGGGAAGUGAUGUCACAACGCCAUGCAGUGACCUCGUCACAUGAGCUGUCCCUGGGAACCAACCAUUACUAACACUGUUCUAUACUGAUCUAUACUGUUCUAUACUGAUCUAUACUGUUCCAUAAGGUUCUAUACUUUUCUAUACUGAUCAUCUAUACUGAUCUAUACUGAUCGACACUUUUCUAUUCUGUUCUAUACGGAUCUACACUUUUCUAUACUGUUCUAUACCGAUCUGUACUGAUCUAUACUGUUCUAUACUGUUCUAUACUGAUCUAUGUGGUUCUAUACUGUUCUAUACUGAUCUAUACUGAUCUAUACGGUUCUAUACUGAUCUAUACUGAUCUAUACUGAUCUAUACGGUUCUAUACUGAUCUAUACUGUUCUAUACUGAUCUAUACUGAUCUAUGUGGUUCUAUACUGUUCUAUACUGAUCUAUACUGAUCUAUACGGUUCUAUACUGAUCUAUACGGUUCUAUACUGAUCUAUACUGAUCUAUACGGUUCUAUACUGAUCUAUACUGUUCUAUACUGAUCUAUACUGAUCUAUAUUGUUCUAUACUGAUCUAUACCAACCCUGCCAGUAUUGAUAUAAAAUACAGUGCCAAGUGAAAGUCACACCCCUGGCAGUCUUCACUUGUUGAUGCUUUAAAUCUCAAAAGGGAUUAACAUGUGAUGUUUUUCUUUAAUCUACACAUCCUACUCCACAUUUUAAAGAAAUUAUACAACAUUUUCCAAAUGAAUAAUAAAAAUACAAUUUUAAAAUGAA